AAAGUCCUUGUGUGAGAAUGCCCCCAAGGUACCAAGAACCCAACUGUUACACAAGUUUCAAGCUGAAAUUGUGAAGUGCAGGAGAAGAAGAAGCAGAUGCAGAUAUGGCGGCUGUAAAGAAGAUGCAGCUGGAGAUUGAAAGGACCCUGAAGAAGGUUCAGGAGGGGUCGGAUGUGUUCCAAGCCACAUGGGAGAAAAUGAAUCAAGCAACUGAGGCAUCCAAGAAAGAGAAGUAUGAGGCUGAGUUGAAAAAGGAUUUGAAGAAACUGCAGAGGUAUCGCGAUCAGAUUCGGUCGUGGUUGGCGUCGCCAGAUGCAAGGGCAUGGACAGAGUCACUCAGGGCGGCCAGAAAACAAAUCGAGUCAGAGAUGGAGCGAUUCAAAGUGUGCGAACGCGCAUCCAAGAUCAAGGCAUUCUCGAAGGAGGGGCUUGUGAAACAGGUCAAACUGGACCCAAGCGAACAGCAAAAGCAUGAGGCUGCAGCAUUUCUAAAUCGGGCUCUGGACUCGUUGCAGCUGCAGAUCGAUGAGUGUGAAGCGAACAUUGAGAGUAUUCGCGUGUCAGGAAAGGCAGGAAGAAAGGCAUCGCCUCAAGUGAUGGAGCUGGAGAAGACCCUUGUGAAGGAAAAGGAGGCAGUGGUCCAGAUUUGAUUCAUUUUCUUGUUACGGCGUUCUGCCUCUCCUCUCUCCCCUCCCCCCCCUUUCCUGUUUCUUUCUUUCUUUCUUUUUUUUUUUUCUUUUUUUUUUUUGAAAGAUGGCUUUUAUAUUGCAAAAGUCAUAGUUGAGGCCGGGGACCUCACAAUUCAACCCGGAAUAACAUACUGGGGCCAAUACCCAGCUUAGGCCAUGGAGGAAACCGGGUCCUGCAUCCCUUAUAAGCACAGCCACCUUCAAAAGAAAAGGAGGGGAAGAUGAACUAGCAAAAUGAAAUGAACUCCCAUAU